AUGCAUGCGUGCUUGCUUGCGAGCUCGUGUGCUCUGCGUAUCACACUCGGAGAUUACUGUAAGUCCACCCCAAAUACAGAAACAUGGACGGCAGAUAGCGGCAAAAACCCGAAACCCUCGCUGACACAAGAGAGGGAUUGCAACUUCAUCGUACAAACACUGUACAAGUGCAAGAUGAGCAAGGAAAAUAUCUCGCAAUGGAUAUCAUGCAACCCAUUGUCGACAGAAAAUUGCUACUUUUUUUGCGUCAAUCCUGAUAAGGGCAGCUCCUCAUCCCGCUUCAGCUCAUUCUCCCGAGCUAACACCGCCUCGGGGUCCACACCAUCAUCCGACGGGGCCACAGCACCGCCACCACCGCCCACUUCCAUGGAGGCACAGCUGCCUUGA